AUGUUCUUACAUGCUGAGUUUCAAAUCAAGGAUCUGGGUGACUUAUCCUUUUUUCUUGGCAUGGAAGUCCUUAGGGAGCCUCAAAGUCUAAUUCUUAGUCAGCUCAACUUCACCCUUGAGUUGCUCUCUGAAUUUGACUGUCUUGCUGAGCGACCUGCUUCUUCUCCUUUGGAUCCAACUUGCAAGCUGUUUGCUGGUGUGGGGGACCCUAUCCCUGAUCCUUCCUUUUACCAUUGUCUCCUUGGCAAACUCAAUUUUCUGACCCAUACUCGUCCGGACCUUUCUUUCGUUGUGCAACAUCUCUCUCAAUUCAUGCAAGACCCUAGAUUCCCUCAUUUGGAUGCUGCCAAACACUGUCUCCGUUAUCUUCUCAAAGAUCCUGGCUUGGGACUUUUUAUGACUUCCUCUCCUUCUUUUGACCUUCUUGCCUUCUGCGACUCUGACUGGGUUCCUGUACUGAUACUCGCCGCUCCAUCAGUGGCAGAGUACAGAUCUAUGCGUCGUGUUGUGGCUGAGUUAACCUGGCUCGUUCGCCUUCUUUCCGAUUUGUCUCUUCCGCCUUCCUUACCUGUUCCGCUUCACUCUGACAGUCAGGCGGCCAUUUACAUCGCUAAAAAUCCUGUCUUUUACGAAUGUACUAAACAUAUGGAGCUUGACUGCCAUUUUUUCUGGUAG